AUGGCCACGCUCCCAUCUCUACCCCUGCCAAAGCCGCAGUCGUGUGGAGCAAGGUGGCAGCAGGACUUGGCUGCUCGCCUCGCCGUGUCGGGCACCCAAACAGGCGGAGCUGCCCAAGCAGGGCCAUCCGUCGAUUUCCUCAAGUUGGAUUCUGCAGAGGACCUCUCUGAAAUUUGGCGAUGCUAUCUCUUGUUGCUGCGCCACUACAAGGCCAGCUGGAUGGUUCGACAAGCAGAGAAGCUUUGCAGCCUUCAUGUCGGGCAGGAUGCAGCACUCUCUGUACUAGCCUUGAACCACCUCCUGGCCCUGGAGCCAUGCAGUUGGAGAUGGCGUGCAGUUUCAGAGCAGCCACAGAUGGAGCACGGCCUGACACAAUGGAGUGAGGUGGAGGAAGCGCUUUUCCUCCACUACACUGGCAAUUGGUUUCACACCCUCUCAGACACUGGGCGGCUGGUGGAUGGGCAAUCUUGGAAUGGAAAGGAAUACUGGAAAUGGAUUGGCCUGGGCCGUGGUGACUUGGCCUCGAGGUUGAUGCACCUCUCUGUGGCCUCAGCACUGCCUGAAAGCGAGGCAAGUGCGUUGGCAAGCUUUGUCGCAGCUCUAGGAGGACUCCGGGUGGGUGGCUGUUUGCUUUUGGCAUUGCUCCCUCGCUGGCCGACACUGGCCGCGCUGGCCAAUCGCCUUUUUUUGCAAACAGAGCUUUGCGCGGUGCCUGUGACUGGGGGCCACAAGGUCUUCUUGGUGGGCCUUCAUUUUCAAGGGCUCGAGCCAGUAUUACUCCAGGCACUGAAUACCACUGUCAGCAAAGAACUGGCACAACCCGAAGCCAAAGAUGUUGGACGAUUGUUGGACGAUUGGGCCAAAGAAGCCGAAGCGUCCUUAGGAGGUGAGUUUACUCAGUGGUCAAGCCGGCUGCCUGCAGAUUGGCAAAUAGAAAGGACACUGCCAGUUGAAGACCUUCCUUUUGCAAAGCAUUUGCUUUGGGGCCGCUGCCGGGAAUCUCUCCUGCGAGAGUUGCCUGCAGGUGAAGGUGGAUCCCGCCGCACGGGCCUGGCAGACGAGCGGGCUGCCAAGCGGGCGAAGUGGUCGGCCGAGCCGAGCUGGUGGCGUUUGGAUCGGAGCCGUGCAGAUCAUCGCUCUUUGGCACAGAGCUUGGAGAUGUCCCCGAUGAUGGCCAAGCAAAUGGCUGACCGAUGGUGGAAGGUGAUCAGGUUGCCCUCAGCGGAUCAGUUUCGCCGCUCCAUUGUUGCUGAUGCCACCCUUUUGCCUGCGCUGCUGUCACAUGGGCACCACGCUGGUGAUCAGCAGCCGAGGUUACCCGAAGGUUUGCCAGAUUCCUUGCUAUCGCUCGUGCAGCUGCUGCAAGUUUGGCUGCCUGAACGUUUGGUCGAUGAAGGUGACUCCUCGCUUUCUUAUCAACGAUGUUUGUGCCUUGCACCAGAGACGGCAUCAUGGCUUCAGCAAAUGGGCGUCUCGGCUGGUACCUGCCAGAUUCCCAAAGAGCCUGGCCAGGCUCAAGUUGCAGAAGGGCAGGCCAACCUCGUGUUUUUGGAACUUGCUCCUCCCAGCCACAAACUGGCAGAAUGGGAGUUCAAAUCAUCCUGGCGACAAGACUUUGUUGGAGCUGUCUCAAUGGCUCUUGGUGCGCUUGGUGCAGGUGCCGACCUAGUGCUUUGGUUGCCAAGCGUUUUCACACGCUUCACAGUUACGGUUGUGGCAUUGCUGGCGGUGAGUUUCAGUCGUUUUGUGGCAGCCCAUCCUGGCGUUGCCAUUGCCGGCAGUUGGUUGAUUUUCAACUCUUACCAACCAGCAUCAGGCAGGAAGCUGACCAGAAGGUUAUUGAUUGCUGACAUGCUCUUCUGUUUUGUUAGCAGAACCACGAUGGAAGGCUAA